CGCGGUGAUCGGCGCUGCGCCGUGCUCGCGUUCAGUCAGUCUUCCUCGGCCAGAAACGUCACGCCUCUGACCGUCUUUAUACCCCAAGUAGAACAGAUAAGACGGAAAUAAGAGGGAGAGAGGAGGGAGAGUCAGAGAGAUGGAGAGGACGCGGAGGAGUUUACGGACGCCGACGACGAGGACGAGAGCCCUGUCCCUGUUGCUGCCGCUCUUGCUGCUGGCAAGCCACAUCAAUGGCGAGACGCCGCUCGACAGCAGCGCUCUGCCCCUGGAGCACAGGUCGGUGUACGGGCCACCGGCCCAGUAUGGGGCGCCUGGCCACGGUGCCGAGGAGAAUUGGCCCCUGGCGUCGCCCGACACGCCCCAAAUAAAGCACCUGCAGGUCCAAUGCGAGAAGACCCACAUGCGGGUGAACAUCGAGUUCGACCGGCCGUUCUACGGCAUGAUAUUCAGCAAGGGCUUCUACUCGGAUCCGCACUGCGUCCACCUGAAACCCGGCACGGGCCACUUGAGCGCCACCUUCGAGAUAUUCCUCAACUCGUGUGGCAUGUCGUCCUCGGCCAACCACAACGUCGCCCCGUACGGCUCGCCCACGCCCUCGGGCAGCUACGUCGAGAACACCAUCAUCAUCCAGUACGACUCGUACGUCCAGGAGGUCUGGGACCAGGCGAGGAAGCUACGCUGCACGUGGUACGACUUUUACGAGAAGGCCGUCACCUUCCGGCCCUUCCAGGUCGACAUGCUGCACGCGGUCACGGCCAACUUCCUCGGCGACAAUCUUCAGUGUUGGAUGCAGAUACAGGUGGGCAAGGGGCCCUGGGCCUCCGAGGUCUCGGGCAUCGUCAAGAUCGGUCAGACCAUGACGAUGGUCCUUGCCAUCAAGGACGACGAGAACAAGUUCGACAUGCUCGUCAGAAACUGCGUGGCCCACGACGGCAAGCGUGCCCCCAUACAGCUGGUCGACCAGUACGGCUGCGUCGUCAGGCCCAAGAUCAUGUCCAGAUUCCAAAAGAUCAAGAACUUUGGGCCGAGCGCGUCAGUGGUGAGCUUUGCCUACUUCCAGGCGUUCAAGUUCCCCGACAGCAUGAACGUGCACUUCCAGUGCGUGAUCCAGGUCUGCAGGUACAACUGCCCCGAGCCCAAGUGUGGCCACCCCGGCCUCGAGUACGGGGCACCCUCCAACGCCCUGGCCACCGAGUACGGCGCCCCCGUCCACCAAGGGCUCUCCUCCGAGUACGGAGCGCCACCAGUGCCCGAGUACGGGGUGCCCCCGGCCUACCCCGACCCACGACACCCCAGUGGCCCAGCCGGCGCAUACAGCGAGCCGAGUCCCGACGUGGUGCCGGCACCGCAAGCCCAGACAUCGUCGUCGCCGAGCUCGACUUCGACGGGAGGCAACGGCGACUCAACGGCGAGCAGCAGCGCGCCCCAGAGCUCGGCCCAGCAGCAACAGGUCCAACAAGCCCAGGACAACAUCCACCUGCCACCGCCGCCCCUACCCGGGAAGUACCAGACGUACCAGACGGUCAAGAGGACUGGCACCGCCGGUAGCGAGGAGCACCUCGAGGGCAACCUCGCGACCCUCGGUGGACGGCCGAGGUCCGUCGAAGGCCUGCCCGCCGAGCUCCGGGGCGCCAGGAGAAGAAGGAGGAACGUUGCCGACGAUGACGACCACCACCACCACCAGAGCACCUUCCACACGGUGACUUUCGUGACGUCGCACGUGUACAAACGGGCCGCCCAGGAGAUGACGGACGUGAACACGUCGCGGGUCAUCCAGGUGGUGGCGCCCGGGGACGUGAACUUUGCCCUCGGGACGCAGAGCAGCGACAACGACACGACCGUGGUUGUGCAGGACGCCCCACUGAACGGCGACUCGGAGACGUUUUGCGUGACGAUACCGAGCUUCAUAACCGGUCUGGCGCUCUUGCUCCUCAUAACCGUCGUCUCGAGCCUCGUGGCUGGAUUUAUGUUUGUGCGCGUGCGCGCCAUGUCGCGCAAAAACGCGGGCAUCCACUUGGGCUUCGCGCAUCCGGCUUACGUGGCCGAGAACCACCCCGAGUUCAUCAAGGUCGCCAACUGAGCCACUCCCAAAGACGAUUUUCUGCUUCUUUUUUUUUGUUUUUUUUUGUUUUUUUUUUUUUUGUUUUCUUUCCAUCGCUAUUAUAUGCUAUCGUCAUUACCAGUACGGAGAUACAUAUUGUACCAUCGAGCACAAAGAGGAGCGAGCCGUGGAGCCCUUUGUCGCCCUCGGCCCGUGCAUUGACCGUCUCAGCUCCUUCUCUCUGUCCAUCAUUUGUCUCUCGCUCGCUCUUGCCUCGCCGAGGUAAUGGGACUCUCGAUCGGGCCGGCUCCAGUCGGGGCAAGACUGAAGAUUUCUCGUUUCCUUCGCGGCUUUCCCGGGGGACCUUCCGAUGGACCGCGUAGUGUUGGUUUUUUUGUUUUUUGUUUUUUUUCGUACUCUCUCUCUGUGUAAAUAUUGGAAAGGACUCGGGCAGGGGGAGAAUCGGAGGGAGAGAGGCCGGCCGAGUAUAGAGGGCGAGCUAUAGGGAGAAGGAGUUAGAAAGAGAGGAGAAAAAAAAGACACGCGCGCACCGAUGCCCGAGAAAAGCACUCGUGCCGUUGUUGAAUGUACAUAUUUUGUAAGACGAAGAGUCGAGACGCUGAGAGCCUUCGAGUUGCCCCACCCCAACCCCCUUUCCUUUCCCACAUUUCCAUCUCCCAUGUGUUGUUUCAUCAUACGUUUUUUCUUAACCAACGCCCUCGUGUAUUUUCUCAUUUGUUGUUGUUUAUGUUGUUGUUGUUGCAUGCGUGUGUAACAUCGAACCGUCGACCUUCCGGGAGAUGCGGCCGCGGUAAGCGCAGACUGAUUCAUCCACGAUGAUGUUCGUGCCACUACGAGUGCUAUCGGUCUACGCUUACUGCCCCGGAGUGAAGAAAAUCAUUUUUCCACCCCUACUCGUACGCUUGUGUUGGUAUAUCUAUAUAUUGUGACGAGCGACGAUGAUAAUUAUACUUUGGGCAGCUCGUAUUGUAUGAGGGGGGGAAUAAAAAAGAAAAAAAGCCCCUUGUUUUAUAUAUAUAUAUAUAUAUGUAACGCAUUGAA